GGAGACGACCGCCCGCGGAACCGAAGUCGCGCCUCCUCUGCGAGCUCUGGUGGGAGUUCUUUUUCAAUUGCACUAAGAGCCGUGUGUGCUAACCGAUUGGCAGGGGAAACCGGAAGCACUUGUGAGUUUGUAGAGCGGUUAAAAAACUGCCACGAGAAGAAAGGAAGGACCUGGUUCGCUGGUUUUCUUCGGGACUGGAGCUCAGAGGAGCCUGGACCGCAGUAUCGAUGGAGGGUGGGACGAGAGGUCGAACCAGCAGCGCGCUUUUCGCGGGUUUCCGGGCUUUGGGGCUUUUCAGCAACGACAUUCCACACGUGGUGCGGUUCAGUGCUCUGAAGCGCCGAUUCUAUGUGACGACCUGCGUGGGCAAGAGCUUCCACACCUAUGACGUUCAGAAACUUAGUCUGGUGGCAGUAAGUAACUCUGUCCCACAGGAUAUCUGCUGUAUGGCAGCUGAUGGGAGGCUAGUCUUUGCUGCUUAUGGGAAUGUUUUCUCUGCAUUUGCCCGUAAUAAAGAGGUAGUACAAACCUUUAAGGGUCAUAAAGCAGAAAUCCAUCUGUUGCAACCCUUUGGGGAUCACAUUAUCUCUGUUGAUACUGACAGCAUUCUUAUUAUUUGGCACAUAUAUUCAGAAGAGGAAUAUCUGCAAUUGACUUUUGAUAAAUCAGUAUUUAAAAUUUCUGCAAUUUUGCACCCAAGUACCUACUUGAAUAAAAUACUUCUUGGCAGUGAACAAGGAACACUACAGUUGUGGAAUGUAAAAUCCAAUAAGCUUCUGUAUACGUUUCUGGGAUGGAAAAUUGGAGUCACAGCUCUUCAGCAGGCACCAGCUGUGGAUGUUGUUGCUGUUGGUCUUAUGUCAGGUCAGGUUAUCAUUCACAACAUUAAAUUCGAUGAAACAUUAAUGAAGUUUCGUCAAGACUGGGGACCUAUUACUUCGAUUUCAUUUCGUACAGAUGGUCAUCCAAUAAUGGCAGCUGGAAGCCCAUGUGGCCAUAUUGGACUCUGGGAUCUAGAAGACAAAAAGUUAAUCAAUCAGAUGAGAAAUGCACAUUCUACAGCGAUUGCCGGACUGACAUUUCUCCAUAGAGAGCCCCUUCUUGUCACAAAUGGUGCCGACAAUGCUCUGAGGAUAUGGAUAUUUGAUGGUCCUACAGGUGAAGGCCGGCUUUUGAGAUUCAGAAUGGGACAUAGUGCUCCUCUUACCAAAAUCAGAUAUUAUGGACAAAACGGACAGCAAAUUCUUAGUGCAAGUCAAGAUGGAACUCUUCAAUCAUUUUCCACAAUACAUGAAAAAUUUAACAAGAGUUUGGGACAUGGAUUAAUAAAUAAGAAGAGAGUCAAACGUAAAGGACUUCAGAAUGCCUUGUCAGUAAGGCUUCCACCCAUCACAAAAUUUGCAGCUGAGGAGGCUCGUGAAAGUGACUGGGAUAGUAUCAUUGCUUGCCAUCAAGGUAAACUGUCUUGUUCAACUUGGAACUAUCAGAGAUCUACCAUAGGUGCUUACUUUCUCAAGCCAAAAGAGCUGAAGACAGAUGACAUAACCGCAACAGCAGUAGAUAUAACUUCUUGUGGAAACUUUGCUGUAAUUGGUCUGUCAUCAGGAUCUGUAGAUGUAUAUAAUAUGCAGUCUGGUAUUCAUCGAGGAAGUUUUGGCGAGGAUCAAGCUCAUAAAGGAUCUGUUAGAGGUGUUGCAGUGGAUGGCUUAAACCAGUUAACAAUUACAACUGGUAGUGAAGGAUUACUCAAGUUCUGGAACUUUAAAAACAAAAUUUUAAUACACUCUAUGAGCCUUAAUUCGUCUCCGAAUACGAUGCUGCUACAUAGAGACAGUGGCAUUCUGGGACUUGCCUUGGAUGACUUCUCCAUUAGUGUUCUGGAUAUUGAAACUAGGAAGAUUGUCAGAGAGUUUUCUGGACACCACGGCCAAAUAAAUGACCUGGCUUUCAGUCCUGAUGGUCGUUGGUUAAUAAGUGCUUCAAUGGAUUGCACUGUUAGAACUUGGGACCUUCCAUCUGGGUGCCUUAUAGACAGCUUUUUGUUGGACUCUGCUCCUCUCAAUGUUGCUGUGUCCCCUACUGGAGACUUUCUGGCUACUUCCCACGUAGACCACCUUGGAAUUUAUCUUUGGUCCAAUGUUUCACUGUAUUCAGUUGUUUCACUACGCCCACUUCCCACAGAUUAUGUUCCUUCAGUAGUGAUGCUUCCUGGUACUUGUCAAACCCAAGAUGUGGAAUUAUCAGAAGAAACCAUAGAACCAAGUGAUGAAAUGAUAGAGUAUGAUUCCCCAGAACAGUUGAAUGAGCAGUUGGUGACUCUGUCACUCCUCCCUGAAUCACGGUGGAAAAACCUUCUUAAUCUUGAUGUUAUUAAGAAAAAGAAUAAACCAAAGGAACCACCCAAAGUACCCAAAUCAGCACCAUUUUUUAUUCCAACAAUUCCUGGCCUUGUACCCAGAUAUGCUGCACCUGAACAAAAUAAUGAUCCCCAUCAGUCUAAAGUGGUGAAUCUUGGAAUUUUGGCUCAAAAAUCAGAUUUCUGCUUGAAACUUGAAGAAGGACUGGUAAAUAAUAAAUAUGAAGCUGCUCUUAACCUUCUGAAAGAAUUAGGCCCAUCAGGAAUUGAAACAGAGCUGCGCAGCUUGUCUCCUGACUGCGGUGGGUCUAUAGAAGUGAUGCAGAGCUUCUUAAAAAUGAUCGGGAUGAUGUUGGACAGGAAGCGUGAUUUUGAGUUAGCCCAGGCAUAUCUUGCAUUGUUUCUAAAGUUACAUCUUAAAUUGCUUCCUUCAGAACCAGUACUUCUAGAAGAAUUGACAAAGUUGUCAUCACAAGUGGAAGAAAACUGGAUCCAUUUACAGUCACUCUUCAAUCAAAGCAUGUGUAUUUUAAAUUAUAUAAAAAGUGCUUUGUUAUAAAAACAAAUUUAAAUUACCAAAUAAAUCAAAGACUUUUGUAUUAAAUGGGUUCCGUUUAAGUCAUACCUUAUUUUCCAAGUUUCAUAUGAAAAGAAAUGCCAGUGCUACUAACUAGUCAGUCAUUCUUCACUUUAAAUGCUAAAUAUUAUCUUGAAAUAAAAUUCUACCUGUCAUUUGUUUUAAAGACUUAUAGAAUCUACUCAAUGACUUAUUUUCCAAGUCUCUUCACAUCAGUUACCUUGUAUAUGACUUUUUUGAAUUGUCAUCAUCAGCUCCUAUUUUUUAAAUAUCUAUAAUGUAAGAGAUGCUAGGUAUUUCAUGUAAAAAAGUGCUGAAUUGAAAAUAAACUGAUAUAUAAUAUAGUAUAAAAGUGCCUUUAUGAUUUGAAGGAAAAAGGCAUGUUUCCUUCCUUGGUGGCCUUUGAUGAAAACAUGGAUCAUUGACUCUUAGAGCUUAGUUAGAUCAUUGACUCAGAUAUUAGUGCAGCCCACCUGUAAUGCAGAAAAAGAAGCUGCUAAGGUCAUCUUGAGAUCUCAGUGACAGAUCCGGAUUUUCUAACGCUGCCCAGUGCCCUCUCCGUUAGAGCCUUUCUAAAGGAACUUGUUCUUUUAUAAGUAAGGUGAGAGGCACUUUCACAAGGCAAAUUGCUAUAGGAGACAGUUGAAUUAGACACCUAAGAUAGGGGAGGGAAAUUCUGGGCUCCAUUGAAGAUAUCCUUCAAAAAUGCUUUUUCCUUAAAGAUGACCUUUUUAUUUGGGAAGAAACUACUGACUAUGUACUUUUCUCUCCUAACCAUUUCAAAACCAGAUAGCUCUGGAGGUUUCUCUCAUCAUUGUUUUCUUUUCAUGAUUUAAGACUUCAGCGAAACGUGAAUUAACAAGAAGCAGUUCCUCCUCCUUGAAAAGUGCUGGAGGUCAUCAUGAAAGCUGCUUUGCCUCCUGUUUGUGUCUGCUUUCCCUACUACCAAAAAAAGUCUUUUAGGAUGGAGCUAAGGUCACAAAUGAGCGAAUGAACUUUUCAGUCUUCGUAUCCGUUAACUGAAGCCCCAUCAGUGUGAGAAGUUGAUAGAGGACUUAAUAGUGGGAUUAUGCUAUCACAAAUGCAAAUACUUUCCCAAAUAGCAGAAAAAAGCAGAGGACAGUUGCCACUUACAUGGUAGAUCUUCGAGAUACAAUGUGAUAUGACUGCUUUGGUGUUCUUUUUGUCCUUGUAGAGGUGUGAAAAACUAUAUUACUACAGGCAAUUUGUUUAAGACUUGGAAGCCAUAUUGGUAAUGUAAUAUUUGUAAAGUUUAAUCUACUUAAAAAAGAUAAAGCAAUUCCUAAAAGCACAGUCCUCUGAAAACAAUUUUUAGUCUAUACAUUCAAAAGUAGUAGUAUUCAUAAAAUGCAGCUGGUUGUAUUUGAAUACCAGUAUUCUCAUUAGAAAAGGUUUUACAGAAUAAUCUCUAGAAAGAAUCGUCCUCACAAGAUGAUCAGUGAUAACUUUAAAUAUCAAAGCAUUUUUGUUUAUAAGCUUAAUAAAACUAGUGACUGAAAUGUUAAUAAUGACUUAAGUCUAAAAACUAUUUCCCUCUGCCCCAAAUACUAUAUUCUAAAGAUAUGGCAAAAUGUCAAUAUAUAACCAUGUACCACGUGAAUUUUAUAAGUAACUAAAAAACAAAGUAAUAAGAGCUUAAGUUGAUACUGUAUUGUUUUUAUAAAUCUUGAACUGAACUUUUUUCUCUCUUUCAAAUGAGAAUAUAGGAGUUGAGUGUAUCAUUUCUAUCAGAGGUAUCUUUAGAUAGUAUUAACAUCAUUUUGGCAGGUAAUCUUCCAGAAUCUUUCCUGUAUGUUCACAUCAAGUAGGAAGGGAGAAGAAAUACAGAGAAUAAUUUUGAGUGUAUAUUUUUUCUUAAAAUGUAUUGGUUUGUGCAUACUGCUUUUCUUUACAUUUCAUAUUACAAAUGUGGCAUAUGACUGCAUUUUACUUGUAAAAUACAUCAGAGAAAAGUCUAUUUUUGACAAUCACCUUAAUCCCAAUACCCUCCCUGUUAAGCACCAAUUGUUAACUUUCUACCUAGACCUUUUUCCAUGAAUGUAUAUACAUGCUAUAUAUAAGCACAGGAAAUGAAGUGUAUAGUUUCAAUUUUUACCUAAAUAUAUGCAUAUCAUUCUA